UGCUUCCUUGCUACUUCCUACGGUUCUGAAAGCCAAAUCAAAGGUCCCAGUUUCUGCUAAAUGAGGAUGAAACUUCUUACGAAGUUAGUGUCUGUUAAAAACUGAGUCUUUGUCCGUGUUGACUUGGCUUGGUCUUAAUCCAGUGUGUGAUAGUUUCGUCUUAUACUUCAACUUUUUCCUUGUUUGCUUGUUCUCUACCUUCAAAUUUAGUAAUGGCACCGAAAGUUUCGAGCUUGGAAGCAGCCCAGAAAGCUAUAGACUCAAUUGGGCUGGGUUUUGACAUAACACAAGAUAUAGGUUUUGACAACUGUAAGAAGGGUUCAAGGUUGAUAUUUGUGGAUGAGAAACAGUGCCGUCUGCUUGAGAUUCCUGGAGGAGGGAUUUCAAUUCCAAAUGUCCCUAACUCUAUCAAACGUGUCAGAGGGGAAUCCAUUAGAGUCUACUCAGAAGUGCUACCCUUGCAACAGAUGUUGGAGCACUUCAACCAGGAAAUGUGCCUUGGUGGACGNACUGCAUCGGGUCAUUUCUGUGCUUCAUUUGGGUUAUCCAGUCGAGGUAUAAAGGAUUUGACUUCUAUCAAGUCUCUUGCUUAUGAUGGUUGGUUCAUCAAACGCUAUGCCAUUGAAUUAGAAAAGUAUCAUGGUGAACUCCUUGAUCAUGUCAAAGAAGCAGUGCCAUCGUCGUGGGACCCUGAUGCCUUGGCAAGGUUUAUAGAACGUUUUGGAACUCAUGUCAUAGUUGGGGUGAGCAUGGGAGGGAAGGAUGUUUUAUAUCUUAGACAAGAGACAUCAUAUCUUGGACCUACUAGUAUUCAGAAACUUUUGAAGGAUACAGCUGACACGAAGUUCAAUGAUUCUGCAGACAAUAAUUGCCAGGCUUCUGAAGACUUCAGUAAAGAAAAAGAGGUGUCAUUGUAUUUCUUUAUUAACUUGAUUUAGUCGUUCUGAAUUUUUAGUUGGAAAUAGAAAAUAAAUAUUAUAAUAGAGUGGUCAGAUUGAAAGUUUACAUAUUAGUUUGAUUCUUUGGUAGGAAUUUGGGAUUGGGAAAAGAAAGUCCUUCCCCUUCCACUUCCCUUAAAAAAAAGAACUAACGAUGCAAAUUUUGUGCUAAAGAGAGUACUUUCCCAUAACAAUAAUUAAUUUUUAAAAGUUGAUUUUUGUUAGGGCAAUUUCUUUUUGUUGAUGAUUAACUUAUAAGUAGUUUUAGAGUAAAUAAUGGGGGAUUACUUUUACUGGCAACAAAGUCAAGUCUUGAUGAGACAAUGUUUAGUCUUUCAAGACAAGCCUGUGGUGGUUUCGUAAGACCAUAAAAUGACUUGCUUCCUAUUGGGCCAGCACCUGGAGGGUCCACAAAGUACCAAGUUUUGUUACUUUCUAAGGUCUUGAUCUAGGCCCGCAUAGCAUCUUGCCACCAUAUGCAUUUAUUUGCCUCUGCAUGAAAAGCAAGUUCACUAUCAGAUGAGGGUGACAUCACAUACCUAUGAUGUUAUGUUGAGGAGAGAUUUGAAGUCAUUGAGACUAAGUGGCCUUUGUUGAGCACACAUUGACCUUUAUGGGCUUGGCUGGGAGUCGUCUUGUUGAGAAGUCAGUGUUGAUUGGUCCUCAAGACAAGUUCCAUGUGUUGAAAAUGAUGACACUUGUGAUGGCAUUACAUACGACCAAGGUUUCCCUGGUGAGAGUAUGAACCAGGACAAAUCCUUGUGUCAUCUUUGAAUCUUAAAAUAUACCCUUUCUAGCUUGUGUGUCAAACUUGCUCCUAUGAGGCUGCAACAUGCUAUAGUAAGACAAGCUUCCUAACACCCAGAGAGUUCUAAGAUCAGGAUAAGUACCAUAUAGGUGUUCAUAGGAUGAUUUAUUAUGAAGAACUUGAGAUAGAAUUCUUUUAUAAGGUACAGAGCAUGAAGGACACUGUGUGACCAAAACAUUUUUGGAAGCUUUUGCUUGAAACGCCAAGGCUCCUCUUACAUUAAGAAAGUGUUUGUGGCAGGUUGAACACUGCCAUUUUGCUGAAGUGUUUCUGUAAUGGAUAAUUCCCUUGAAUGCAAAUAAGUUGGGGAGUGCAAAUUCUAGGUUAUUGUUGCUUUUGUCGCACUUGGCUGUCUUGUUGAAUUGUAACUCCUUUACCAUGUUACUUAUGUAGUCGUCGAUUAAAUCAAGUGUUAAUUUUAUGAUACAAUCUUGCUGCUGGAAUGUUAGUGGGAGGUUAACAUAUGCACUGUUGGGCAGGUGCAUUGAGGAUUCUCUCUAUAAUGCUCGAUUCUUCCUUGAGUGUUCUGAACUGAGUGAAGUUUUCAGCUUAUUAUAAAAAAACUGAGUAAAGUUUUCAGAUAUUGUCAUUGUACAUUGUCUACGAGCAUCCAGGACUUCUUGUAACUUUGAGACACUUUAGAUAUCCUCAAGUUAGUCUUUCCUUCAAGUUGUUGCACAAUAUUGAUUUCAUUUUCAAUGGAUGGAGUUAUAAAUGGAACCGAAUUUAGGAUCCAGGAAUUAACCAUGUUGUUGCAACUUGCAAUGCUCCUAGGCUUCGCAGUUCAGAUCUUGACCUGCUGAAAUUACUAUGCUUCCAUCAAUGAAUUAGUGCUUGUUCUUCAAGACCAAUGCCCCCUUCAAAUGGUUGUUGCCCACACAUGACAGUCCUCCAUUGUGAGAACUGGUGUUAUUGCAACCAGUUGAUGGACCUACCUUCAUUAGGAUGCCCAUAAGAGACUUGCCUGAUCUGAAUUACCGUUGCUCUGUAUGAUGGAGCUUUCAACACUAUUGAUCAUGUCACUGAAACCUCCUCCUCUGGAGUUUGAGUUUAUUGUCAUCACAAAUGUGUGAAAAUGUGAAUGAUGUGCUGCAGAGUUUUAUGUGUGGUCUGUAUGACCUGUGUUUUCAACCUCGAAUCAGUCAUCAAACAUUGAAUCUCGAAAACCAGUCUUGUAAAGAACUGGUAGAACUUGUUCAAAACCAGGCAUAAUCUAUUUGCUUUAUAUUUUAAUUAAAAAACUCAAUGUUAGCAUGAAUGGUACAACUUCAAUCCAGCUGAUAGUUGAUAGUUAUUGAUAAAAUAAUUACUAAGUCUAUCUAUGUUAGUUUAAUCUGCAAGAAUAAAGUACGAAGUAGUGUGUUGGGUUAUCUCUAAUAAUUAUACCUAGCAGUCUGGGACAAUUCUUUUACCUUCCAUCAUCUUCCUAGUGUAUCAACUCUUUGUCUAUAUAAAUAGUAGAACAUGAGAAGGGUCUUUUAUGUCCUCAUGAAUAUAUUUUCUCAGUUUUAAUCUUAAGUGUUAUAUUAAUUAUUGUUUUUUAGUUUCUAUUUAUUAUUGCUCUGUGUGGUGAAUUUAAAGGUCUUCAGACAUAUUUGAUUU